UAAAGAAUACAUACCCCGAUCAGUGAUAACAUCCGGUACACAGUUAAAAAAAUAAAAAAUAACUAUUACGAAAGGUAUACCGCCUCCGUGAUAUCGUUAAUUUUUAUUUAUUACUUAUUAGUUAAUGAUAUUGGUUAAUUAAGUUAUUUUAUAUCCGCAUAUUCGACAUUCGUAUUCCGUAGUUGUUUUUGUUCCGUCAUCGUCCGUAUUCGAUAUCCCCGUGACCUAAGAUAUUAUUAAUAUUACCAUAUGUUUCGGUGGUUUCGUAUUUUCAUAUAAUUUUCGUGUUUGGUAUCGGUGUAUUGGUUUUACCAGGAUCGUUUAUUGUUCGAGUUCGAUUACUCCGCCGAUACCUGCGGAAAAUGGAACUCCAAGACACGUUCUAUAGUAAAUCCGAAUACGUAGAAACGACGACUGGCAAUAAAGUUAGCCGUCAAGCCCAAAUUUAUGGCUCUCAAAAUAUUAUUCUGAACGGCAAAGUCAUACUGCAAUCUGGCGUGAUGAUACGAGGUGAUCUAGCUAGCGUUAAAAUGGGCCGAUAUUGUUUUGUGGGCCGAGGUUCAGUUGUAAGGCCACCAUGCAAAAAAUUCAGUGGAGGAUUUACUUAUUUUGCUCUUCAAAUUGGAGAUCAUGUACACAUUGGUGAACAAAGUGUCAUUCAAGCCGCUAUUAUUGGAUCUUAUGUACACAUUGGAAAAAAUGUUGUUAUUGGUAAAAGAUGUAUACUUAAAGACUGCUGUAUGAUUGGAGAUAACACAGUACUUGCACCUGAUACUGUAGUUCCUUCGUUUACACAUUAUUCUGGUUCUCCAGGUAUGCAAAUUGGUCAAUUACCUGUUUGUACUCAAGAUCUGUCAACUGAUUAUACCAAAUCGUUUUAUGAUCACUUUGUUCCAUCUAUUGAUAAUUUAUAGGAUAAAAAAAUAUGGUUUAUAAUGUGAUUCCUUUAAUUUAAAAUUUAUUGUAUAAAAUAAAUAUAUAUAUGUUA